AUGGCCUCUUCGCAGCUCAUCAAAGAUGAGAUUGUUCAGACCGUUGUUGCCCACCACCAUGGGCUGCCUCUCUUGCCACAACCAAGUGACGACGAUAGAGAUCCGUUGCGAUGGCCACGCAAGUUGAAACUAGCGGCGUUUACUGCUACAGCUUUCUUCAAUUUCACAGGAAACUUCGCAAGCUCUGGUCUCUCUGUCGCGACACCAGUACUCCAAGCACAAUUUCAAAAGUCACCUAAUCAAAUCAAUAGCCUUCUUACUUACAACUUCCUCCUUCUGGGCAUUGGCAACCUUGUCUGGGUGCAGAGUUCGCAACAAGUAAGUAACUUGGAAGCCUUGCUUGCUUAA